CAGCAGAUCCCAGAGCUGCUGGAUGCUGUGGAAAAGAUGAGAUUCGAAGGAUCCGGAGGCUUCACAAAGGACAUGUUUACUGAAACUCUGAUCAAGAAGGUGUCAAGACUCAAAGCUGAUGAAAACCAGAGCAGAGAGCCUCUCAGGAUGGUGCUGAUUGGAAAGACCGGCAGUGGAAAGAGUUCGACAGCAAACACGAUUUUGUGCAAAAAACACUUUCAACCUAGAAUCAUCCCGAAGCCAGCGAACAAGUUUUGUGAGAAAGCAACAGGAGAGGCUGACGGGCGGCCUGUCGUCGUGGUCAACACUCCCAGCAUGUUCGCCACAACUGAUGCUGAAUUUCAACAAGAGAUCAAAAAAUGCAUCAGCAUGUUGUCUCCUGGACCUCAUGUGUUCUUACUGGUGCUGCAGAUCGGGAACUUUAUACAAGAAGAAAAAGACUCUGUGGAGCAGAUCAAGAAAUAUUUUGGCAAGAAGUCUGAAGAUUUCAUCAUCAUUAUUUUCACCAGAGGAGACGAACUGGAAGCCACGUCGUUUGAGAAUUAUAUCGAAGACUGCGAUGUAUUUGUUAAAAAACUCAUCAGUGACUGUGGAGGAAGAUACCAGGUCUUCAAUAACAAAGAUGACAAGAACCGCACACAAGUGAGAGAGCUGCUGACCAAUAUCGAUGCCAUGGUGAGGGAAAACGGCGGCUUCUACAACACUGAGAUGUUAGACGACACAGAGGAAGUCAUACAGGUGGAAGUGGAGAGGCUUUUGAAAGAGAAGGAGAAAGAGAUGAAGAGAAAGGACAAGGAACUCCAGAGAAAACAUGAGGAAGAUUUGAAAACACUAAAAAGAAAAAACGAAGAACAGUGUAGAGAGAUUGACCUGAAGGUAAAACAGCUGAAGGACAAGGAGGAAAGCCUCAACAAGGAGCGCGAGGAGAGAAAGAAAGAACGGGAGGAAGACGAAAGGAGACGGAAAAAACAAGAAGAAACUCAUCGACUGGAAUGGAGAAGAAAACUGGAGGCUUCUGAGAAAAUGGUUCAGUCAGAAAGAGAGCAGAAGGAAAAUGCUGUGAAGAAACUGGAGCAGGUUAGAAAAGAGAUGAAGAGAGAUCGAGACGCGUGGGACAAGGAACGAAAGGACACCUGGGAGCGAAUACGUCAGGAGGAUAAACAGAAUCUGGAGGAGGAGAAAACAAGCUUCAGACAUCUUCAACAAGAGUACCACCAGAAAAGAAGAAAAUGGACCUAUUCUGUGGUCGCGCUGUUGUUGUUACUGUUAUAUUGUGUGUGUUAUAUAUUUCUGAGUUAGGCAAACGCGCUCAUCGGUGCUGACUUUGGUUCAACAUAGGGCUGGGCAAUGAAUCAGAUUUUAUUUUCAGUUACAAUUUUGACUUCGCAAGAUAACAAGAUAACAAGAUAACAAGAUAAUUGCAACAUUGUGAGAGAAGUCGCAUUAUAUUACUCAAUGGAAACACAGUCAUCUUGCAAUUGCUUUUUAUCGAAAUUUUGAAAAUAUCGCUAAGUUUUUCACAGAUCUGUAAUGGAAACCCAGCUCGUGAGGCUGCAGUGAGAGGAACAGAGAGUAUGAAGUAAAACGCAGCUGUGAUGUGGGAAAAGUUGAGGCUGAUUGUCAGUGAAUAAAUGCCACAACUCUUAAAGACCCGAGACACGUUCCCAUGUUUCCUUCGCCAGCUGCUGAUUAAAGUGACAGACGUUAGCCCCGAAGUUAGCAAGCAAAGUUAGCUUCCCACUGGAACCUGACCAGGGUCCCUUAAGGUGGACUGUUAAGGUGGACCAGCUUUUUCAUUGUAGUCACACUCCCAGCUGCUUCUAAACAGAUAAUGGAGAAAUGUCUGUGUCUCUCCUGAGUUAGUGAAACAAUUAUUUUAAACUUCAAAUUUAUUUUUGUGUUAUUGAUACAGUAACUGUUAUGUAUUGUUAAAUCAUUUUAGUUGGGUUUAGGUUUCAUUAUUAUGUGAAU